AUGGCGUACAGUCAUAUUUUGGACGAAAUUUUUGCCGAGAGAAAUGCUAAGUUUGAACGAUAUGGCAUUCACGAAAAACGGGAACAGUGGAAUGCGUACAAUAAACUUUUGCGUGAUUCAGUUGAAGGAUGCAUCGACUACAUUAAAAAAUCUCCAAUUUCUGUGAAGUCUUAUCAAUUUUGGAAGGAGCUUCCGGACGACAGAAAGAAAAAACUUAUUCUCGACGUGUACACGUGGGAAGAGGACGAACAAGCGAAAGCAAAUGGGAAAUAUAAGCCAAGCAUCCUAAAAAUUUGGAUACAUAACCAAAUCAAGAUUCACUUGCAGUUUGCCUCGGCAAGGAAAAACGACACCACUCGUAAAGGAUUGCCGCUAGUUGACUACAGCCUUGCCGACUCGCAGAAGGAUGCUAACCAUAAAGUGGACAAAUAUAUCAGGAAGAAUCAAGCCAGGACAGCAAAUCAAUGUGAUUCCUCUCCUAGGAAAACUCGCGAUCGGUUGGUGUAUGGCGGAUUGAGAGAUGAUAUAGUGGCCGUCGCACAGAUUCAUUGGUCGUAG